UGAGAGGGGCUGGAACCACUCAGUGUCUGUGUCUGCGCCUCCCAGUUGCUUGCCCAGUGCCUGGCCGCCCACGGCCCCUCACCGGCAUCACCCCGUCCCCCGCAGGUGCUGCCCGACUACCUGAAGGGCCUGUUCAGCAGCAUGCCGGCCGGCCAGCCUGGCGGGCAGCAGCUGCAGCAGGUGUCUAAGCUGGCCGCGCUGCAGCACCGAGCCGAGGGCCACGUCUACCUGCCCAGCACGCGCGAGGCCCAGGAGUACAUCCCGGCCCAGCUCUACCGCACCGUGGCCGGCUCGGCGUGGCUCAGCCUGCUCGGCCAGCACCGGCUGCAGAUGCAAGCGCUCAGCCCCCACCAGGCUCGCGCCCAGUUUCUGGGCCUCCUCAGCGCCUCGCCCAUGUUCGGCUCCUCCUUCUUCUUCGUCCAGAGCUGCAGCGACGGCGCGGUGCCCGCCCCCUGCAUCCUUGCGGUCAACCAGAAUGGCCUCAACUUCCUCAGCACCGAGACCCACGAGCUGACGGUGAAGUUCCCCCUGAAGGAGAUCCAGUCGGCGAGGACCCAGCGGCCCACGGCCAGCUCCAGCUACCCGUACGUGGAGAUCGCACUGGGGGAUGUGGCGGCCCAGCGCACCAUGCAGCUGCAGCUGGAGCAGGGCCUGGAGCUGUGUCGUGUGGUGGCCGUGCACGUGGAGAACCUGCUCAGUGCCCGUGAGAAGCGGCUCACGCUGCCCCCCAGCGAGAUCACGCUGCUCUGACCCAGCCCCCAGCCCCCAGCCCCCAGCUGCCCUGUGCCAGGAGGCUUGCUGUGUGGUCCCAGGGGAGUUACUGGGCCAGAACCUUAGGGGAGACCAAGAGGUAGUUGGUGGCACGGCGCAAGCCCCCAGGAACCUGAGAAGACUGAUCCAGAGUUGGCAUGGAGUUGCAGUCUGCAAACUUGGGUCAGAUGGCAGGAGGGACUUCCAAAGACUGACCAGUGGGGCCUCCUGCCACCUCACCACUGUGGCCCUGCCCCGACUCCCCCUGCGGCAGGGAAGCCCCACACCAGUAGCCUAGACAAACUGAACCUGCCUUUGCUUUCCUUGGGGUCUGAUGUUCUAAUCUGCUCCAUCUCCCUGUCCUGGUCCCUCACAUGUCCCCCCCCUCAGGUGCCCCUGCACUGCUGCUGAGCUUGGAUUCCUGGCUCUUGGUCAUUUCUGUGCAAAUAAAAGGUACGCCUGGCAGCCUCUUCUCCAUAUGGUUGUUGAGUGACUGGAAAACGAGCCUGAGGGAGGAGCCAGGAGGUGGAGGCCCAGCUUCCCCUGAACAGAGCUUCCAGCAGACAUCUGUCCUUGCCUCUCCCUGCGGGCCGCUGCCCCUCUACCCUGCACUCCUUGGGUAGCCCUAACCCCAGGACCCCAUCACUGGAUGGGCCACACAAUAUUUGAGAAUGGUAUAGUAGAGGGAGAGAGAUGUUUCAUGUCAGCGGCUGGGGAGGGAGAAGGCUGGGAAAGGGCUUCCCAGGGAAUGGGAUGUUUGGGUUGGGUUUUGAACCAUGCGUAGGAGUUUGCUAUGGGAAUAGAUGGAGGCGAGGGGAAUGAACAUUCUAAACAGAGAAAACUGUUUGUUCCCUACUCUUUCCCCCAAAGCCUAGGACAAUGCCUAACGCAGAGCAGGUGCUUAAGAAAUACUUGUCGCAUGAAUAAAAGAAUAAAUGAAUGAAUGUUGAUGGGAAGUGCUAGAGCUUUGGGGAACUUGUGGGGGAGGGGAGGCUUGGGAGAGGAGGGCUGGAUAGGUGUGUGGGGGCAUAACUGGCUGGAGCCACGGUGUCAGAGGAGGGGUUUAUUUACUUAUUCAGUACCUAUUAAGCACCUACUGUGUACUAGGCAAAUGCCAGGCCCCGGGCGUCGCUCCCAGUUAGAGGCUCUGCCCAGGUGAGAGGACUUCUGGGUUUCAGAAUGCAAGUGGGCCGUGGGAGUGAGGCCCCAGCUGAAGCGCAUGGAACCGGGAGGAACCUCCCGGCCCAACCCUGGCCACGAUGCAGACUCCUGAGCUGGAUGGUGUCUGAGGUCUGAGUUUUGGGAGGUUUGUUACACAGCGUUGGAUGACUGAACAGCAGGACUUCGGGAUUUCAGGACCUGGGCCUUACGGCAUAGGCUCAUGUUUUAACAGCUGUUCUGGUGCCUCAGUGGUGGCAGCAGCAGGUCGAGCCCUCGUCGGAGCUAACGAUCCCCAGGAGGCAGAGUUGGAACACUCGGGUGGCAGGAGAAUCAGACCUUGCUGUGGCCCCCAGACCCAGAAAGACAGGCACUACAGGUGGACGUGGGGAGAGCCAGAGCAGAGGGAACCAAGCCCCAGGGUGCCCCGCCUGGCAUGGGGUGAGAACACAGGAGACACAUCUGGGAGGCAUGGGAGCCUGAGACAGUCACGUCCUGUCUUCGUGGGGAAACUGAGGCCCAGAGGUGAAGCAAGUAACCACUGAGUGGCCUGGCCGAGAGUCAAAGGCAGGCAGGCUGACUCCAGAGUCGAGCUGCCUCCUGCUGAGGCUCGCAUGGGAGAGGGGAGGGCCCUGGCUGCAGAGCAUGGGGAAGCCUCCGAGGGGGUGUCUGGGGGCCCUGGAGAGGUGACUCCCAUGUUUGCCUGGUGAGCGGAGCACAGGGGUCUCUGGCAGGACUUUCUGAUGAAUGAGGUAGUGAGCUCCCUGCCACCAGGUGUGCGUGCAGAGUCCGAUGCCCCCGGUUGGAGGGCCGUUGAGAGGUGGGCGCUGGGCUUCUGAAGGGCCUGAGCUCUCGCAGCCAAACUGCCAAUAUGCAGGCAACGGGGCCCUGCCCGGGCGUUCACAUACAAUGGCCCAGGCAGGACUGGGGCCCAAGUCCGGCCUCCUGACCUUGACUUUGCCCACUGGCCACCUUCUCACCACCUGCAGCUGCCUUCCUGCCGCCACCACCAGCGGUGCCCACCAGGCUGGGUAAGGAAAGGGCAGGAGCCGAUUCCCUACGGG